UGAUGGCAGAGACGUAAACAAGACCCGAGGAAGAAGAGGAGGAACGGCACUCACUUUCCUCAUUUCACUCACUUUACUCACUCCACUCAGCACUCACUCGGCGCCCCAUCUGCCCAGCACUCGGCCUGACUCAGCUGUGGACUCAGCGGCGGGAUAUUCCUGCAGACGCUUCAUUUAUGAUGACUUUGUAUGAUGUCCUUGGUGUUAGCCAAGAUGCCAGUGAGACUGAGAUUCGCCAACAGUAUCAGGAAUUGGCAAGGCAAUAUCACCCAGAUAAGUCUGCAGUUGAAGGUGCCAAGGAAAAAUUUGUGCAGGUGACGGAAGCAUGGCAUGUGCUUGGGGACUCUCAGAAGAGACGUGAAUAUGACGAUCAGCUUAAGAGAGAAAAGUUGUAUCAAGAAUUUCCAGUGAGUGAAGAAUUAUUCUUAGAGGACCUUGAACGUGACCGUGAAGAGGGCGUCUACUUGCACCAUUGCAGGUGUGGGGGACACUACACACUGGCUGCGCAGGAUGCUAGAAAUUCAACAGAGAAGGAAGUAGUUGUAGCCUGUGACAACUGCUCCUUAAGUAUUCUUGUCUUACUUAAUUGCGACGAAAAUACUUGAUAGAGGAAGAAUUAAUGGUGUCUAAUACGAAGCUGUUUCUUCUCACCUCUUCACGCUUCUUGUCUGAUAUCAAAGUGAAAUCAAAGGUGCAUCAUUAGGCACAGUUUUGCAGUUGUGUGCGUGUUGUUGGAGAUCUGGCCAGUCUUUGUAGAUUUUCCAGAAUGAAUUCCUUGUUCACCUCAUAGCUAGCUCGUUAGAAAUCAGCAUUAUCAUAUAUUUUAGGUUUGCUUUCAUUCUUUUACAAGUCAUCCUGUACUGUUGUAGGCUUGAAUAGGUAUUUGGUGUACAGCUUGCUUGUCUCCUUGGGCACAGGAUUAGCUGCUCCUCUUUUAGUAGUGUUCACUGAAUUAAUCAUUUAUAUACUUCACAAUAAUUUUGAUAGGUGCAUUUUUUUUUUCAUCAGCUAAUGGAAGGACUUAUACAUCUAAAGCUGUUACUUGAAAAAUUGUGUUGUAAGUAUGAAUAGCUCAAUCAGUAAAUUAAAUGUAUAAUUUUCAGAGUUACAUAUUUACUGCAUGAAGUAUAGUAAGUUAUAGAAGCAUUUUAGAAAUAUACCUUGGUGUUUGUAACUUCAUUAUUGUUCCUGUGAUAUUUAGUUUGCAGAAGAAAACUAGAGGAAACAUUUACUAGAUAAAAAAUAUUAUAUUGCCAUUAUGUGGCUCCUAACACCUUUCAUGAUUUUGCUUUUGUAAUUGAAAGCUGGCACUCAGUUGAUACAUUAUAAUUUCAAAAUCAAAAAGGAGGUAUGCAACCUCAGUUGAAAGGUCUAUUUCUAUACUAUCUCACAUGCCAUGGUAAUUCAAUCAUCAUUACCUUAUAUAGUACUCUAUAAAAU